GAUUUUACCAUCAUUUACAUCCAUGUUUUGAUGACUCUCCCUCUCCAUCCGUAUUUUGUUUGCGCCAUUUUUUAAAAAAGCUCUCUCUCUUGCUCCAUCCAUCUUUUGUUCCGCCAUUUUUUCAAAAAGCGUUGACUCUUUUUCUCUUUUCAGCAGUUGCACACAACUCUGUCGCUCCCAUUUGCCCUAAAACUGAACGCCGUGAGAACAAAUUCAUGGGCUUCUGUGGAGUGAUGGCUUCUGCUUGAAUUUCUGAAGCAUCAAGGGUUCCCCUUGCCCUCCCUCUAUCUCCUGCUCGGUUAUCCAAGUUCAAGUUAGCUCUAUGCCAAUUGCGAGUUACUCCGGAUAAGGAAAAUAAUAUUGUUCAUGCUCGCAAAAUCAUCGAAGAGGUUUGAGACAAGGGUGUGAAGCUUGUAGUUCUACCUGAGAUGUGGAAUUGUCAAUAUUCGGAUGAGAACUUCUGUAUAUGUGCUGAAGAUAUUGAUACUGGUGGAGAUGCAUCUCCAUCAACAUCAAUGUUGUCAGAGGUUGCUCGUAGUCGAGAGAUUACAAUCGUUGGUGGUUCGAUACCCGAGCAUUGCUGUGGUCAGUUAUAUAAUUCUUGUUGCAUAUUUGGCAGUGACGGGUUACUCAUGGCUAAACAUCGAAAAGUCCAUCUCUUUGACAUUGAUGUUCCUGGUGAUAUUACAUUCCGGGAAUCUGAUACUUUAACAGCUGGGGAGAAACCGACCAUUGUAGAUACAGAUGUAGGACGUAUUGGGAUAGGAAUUUGUCAUGAUAUUCGUUUUCCAGAGUUGGCAAUGCUAUAUGAAGCUAGAGGUGCUCAUCUGAUAUGCUAUCCUGGAGCCUUCAACAUGAGUACUGGUCAGUUGUUAUGGGAGUUAAUUCAGCGGGCCCGGGCUGCUGAUAAUCAGUUAUUUGUGGCCACUUGCUCACUUGCCUGUGAUGUUGAUGCCAGCUAUGUUGCUUGGGGCCAUUCUACCCUUGUUGGGCCAUUUGGGGAAAUAAUUGCAAAAGCUGGGUACCAAGAGAUAACACUCAUAGCAGAGAUAGACUAUUAUCUGAUUCAACUGAGAAGAACCAACCUCCCACUUGAGAAACAAAGGCGGGGAGACUUAUACAAGCUUGUGGAUUUAGAGAGACUAGACACCCAGCAAGGACCAUUAAGAUAACAAUUUAUCUCCUUUCUGCAAGUCACUGAAUUUUUCCAAACCUAAAAGUUGAUGAUAACUCGGGAUCACUGAGAGGUGGGUCUGGUUCAGGGCUCGUUUCUGGAUUGAAGUCACAAGCAUGCGACUGGUUGUUUGCUAUUAUAUUGAGGAACCCGUUUUCUUGUGCAGUUUGUAGACAGUAUUUGAGAUAUUCCUGGAGCCUCUCAAACUUUGCCCUGUAUGUCAUCUUCAUUUCUCUCUCGUGCCGUAUUUGCCUAUCCUUAUCAGCCAGCUAUAGAAAGAAAACAACAUAUAACCAACUUAAGGCCUUCGCAAGCGUUGCAUUCAAUGGAGAAAUGAAAAUUGCUGAUUUAAUGCUUAAUUGUUUUAUUUCAUGCACUGUAAUGGCAGCAGGCAUCUCUCACUCUCUCCCAGUUGUGUAUUUCGUUACUGAAACCGAUGGAUAUAUCUUGGUUUGCCAUUGACUAUGUACCUGUUGUUGAAGUUUUAA